GCCCCUUUCCCGGCUUCCUCCGCGGCGUUCCCACGCCGACGCUCUAGGUGUUUUGCUGAGCUCUAGGCUGUUUCACUCUUCGCGUCAGCAAGCGGCCGAGGCAAUGGCAGCCCAGAAGAUAAACGAGGGGCUGGAGCAUCUAGCCAAGGCAGAGAAGUACCUGAAAACUGGCUUUUUGAAAUGGAAGCCAGAUUAUGACAGCGCUGCCUCUGAGUAUGGAAAAGCAGCUGUUGCUUUUAAAAAUGCCAAACAAUUUGAGCAAGCAAAAGACGCCUGCCUACGGGAAGCUGUCGCCCAUGAAAGUAACAGGGCUCUUUUUCAUGCUGCCAAAGCUUAUGAGCAAGCUGGCAUGAUGUUGAAGGAGAUGCAGAAACUGCCUGAGGCCGUGCAGCUGAUCGAGAAAGCCAGCAUGAUGUACCUGGAGAAUGGCACGCCGGACACAGCAGCUAUGGCCUUGGAGCGAGCAGGAAAGCUCAUAGAAAACGUAGAUCCAGAGAAGGCCGUACAGUUGUAUCAGCAGACUGCGAAUGUGUUUGAAAAUGAGGAGCGCCUCCGGCAGGCAGUUGAACUCCUAGGAAAGGCCUCCAGACUGCUCGUACGAGGACGCAGGUUUGAUGAAGCCGCAUUGUCUAUUCAGAAAGAAAAAAAUAUUUAUAAGGAAAUUGAGAACUAUCCAACUUGUUAUAAGAAAACAAUUGCUCAGGUCUUAGUUCAUCUACACAGAAAUGACUAUGUAGCUGCAGAGAGGUGUGUCCGGGAGAGCUACAGCAUACCAGGGUUUAACGGCAGUGAAGACUGUGCUGCACUGGAACAGCUCCUGGAGGGCUAUGACCAGCAAGACCAAGAUCAAGUGUCCGAGGUCUGCAACUCGCCCCUGUUCAAAUACAUGGACAAUGACUAUGCUAAGCUGGGCCUAAGCUUGGUGGUCCCAGGAGGAGGAAUCAAGAAGAAAUCCCCAGCGACACCCCAGGCCAAGCCUGAGGGUGCUGCGGGUGCUGCUGCCGAAGAGGAGGAAGACGAGUACUCGGGAGGCCUGUGCUAGUGCCCUGCCUUCAGGGAUGAGAAGACGGGGAUGCUGACGAGCCUUUCUCGUGGAACUAGGACUCAUCUUGUGGGCGUCUCUGCUUCACCGAAGUUCUGAUGUUGAACGUUAAUUAUCUGAAGUUUUAGUUUUCCAUUUCCCACACCAGCCAUUGUAUCUACUCCCUGUGAGGCAUUCUUUCCUUUCUGUUGUAAGCAGAAAAUAAACUGUCAUAUUUUAACAAUUGAUUUAAAAUGUAUAGGCCAAGUUCCAGAUAAAUUAUAUCAUCAGCAAAGCAGGAAAUAGGUAUGCUCAGUCUUUUCUCUUGGGUUCUUGUAAUUUAUUGUUAAAUAAUUUUCUUUGCAUUUUAUUUAAUGUCAUUUCUAAACAUGCUGGGGUUUUGAUGAAAAUAAUAAUUUUAAAACUGAUCUGGUUCUUUCCACCAUCUUCCCAUGUUGUCACUUAGCGCCCACGCAUGUCCCCGCUAAGAGCAUCAACAAUGCCAAAAAGAAAGGCAGACAGCGGUUCUCAGCAGGUUCUCCUCCACAACCAUCGUCUAGUCUGACUAGAUGUCUGACUGUGGACAUGGUUCCUGGUUCCACCUUACACUGCUGAUGUGGCAGUUGAUCACAGAGCGGGAACAUGGGAGCAUGGUUGUCACCCUCAUAGGCUGGUUACAUGACUGUGGAGUAUCAGGCCCAGAUCGAAUGUGCUACUCAAUGACCUAGGCAUGGCACCGUCAGCUCUUCCACCCUGUGCUUUCACAGGUAUUGUUCCCCUAACUUUCCGGCAUCAUGGACCAUGAAGAAGCAGAACAAAACCAGAGGAGGGGAAACCCCCGGACUUUUUCUAGGGAUAUAAAACCUAAGCGUUAACACAUACUUCAGUGGAGGGAGGCCUUGUCUCAAGUCGAAAAGGAAAUGUAUUCCUCAUCAUAUUAGAUAUAUUCAAAUUACUGAGUCUUUUCAGAAGCAAGCUUGGGACAAAAGCUUUAUAAUAUUUAGCUCAGUAGCCCUUACAUGUGAUUAUAAAAAUGGAAGGUAACAUUGAUGUUGUUGUAAAUGUCUUCAGCCCUCCCUGAAGUAUUGCUCUUUCUUUUUUCUUAACAAGUAUGACUGUGUUCAAGCCUACUUGGCUCUUGACCAAAAUUGGACUAGGUAAGACCAUUGAUAUUUAUCAAGAAUGACAGGUAAUGUUCCUGCCAAUCUAGUAUGCAUGCAUUUCUUACCUCCAAAAUAACUUUGGUUUGGAGUUAAUAAUUUAACAUGAGUUGUGCUAUGUACUACAAAAAUAAAAAGUUAGCCAAGAGGAAAAAAAAAAUGGUUUUGAAAGACAUACAUUUAGGACUGGGUUACCAAUCUUUCAUACCUCAUAAACUUCCCAUGGUUACUUCUGAAAAGUUAGUUUUGAAGCAUUCCUCCUUUCCCCCUGUAUGGCUACAACCCAUUCAUGAUUUGUGAACGGGAGAGGUUGCAAGCAGCAGCGGUGUGUGCUACGAAGUGGUGUUGACCGGAAUAGGACUGUCACCACGCCCCACCACUGUAUACCAUAACCUAUUUGAAUAAAGUAUGUUUCGUCUUGCUAGAUCUCCAAAACCCAGGAAAAGCUCUGUUACGGACCGGUCCCAGUGUUGUGGGAGGGCUCCUGCAGAUUAGCAUCCUCUGCUGGGUGUGCUUGGCUGGGCGGAUGUCACCAUGCAGUCCCUGUGCAGAUGGCAGGUCCGAUACAACGCCAUAUACAAGUUUAUGCUUUCCCCUAAGUUACCUGCAUAGUUCUUUGGGUCACCAGCUCACUCUCCUUAAUUGCAUUGAGAUUAUAAAUAAAGCUGUCUUCUGAAUUUUUACUUAAGAAAGAAAUUGGUAUUUCCAAGAUCAAUUACCUUUAGAUCCAACCAGAAACAUUGAUGCUUAUUUGAGUAAGUUAGCAGACUUUUAGAUUGUAUUUGGCGGUACUCAAAGAAAUUACUUUAGACUGUUUUAUGUGUUAAAAGCAAUUAUCAGUGCAUCGUGGAGCAGCAGUGAGCUUAGUUUUAAACAGCAGAGGUUUUUAGGCAUUGCCAAUCUCCCGCCACCCGCAUUAGGAACCAGCAUGCAGGAUUUAGAGCUCUUUUUUCUGUCAGGGUUAUUCUGCGUGGUGUCUCAGAAGGAGCGUUUGUCCCUCAUGUAUACAUUUUAUUUUUCUAUUUGUGUUAAAUCUUCGUAGUGGAAACCGUAGUCUUUACAGCAAGCAGAGCUCCAGCCCCCUCCCUGUGGAAGUGAAGGUCUGCAUGAGUAUCCUCAGAAUCACCUAGUGUCAGUGCUGUUCUACAGUGAGUGAAGUCAGCCACAGAGCACAUUUAAUAUAUUGAACCUGUAAAUAUGCAGAGUAUAGUAUUUGUGUAUGGAAUCUGUGCAUUAUCAUAUUUUUUCAGCCAUUUGGUGAAUAUAGUAAUAUGUUAUUAAUGGAAAUUAGAUGAUUGCUUCUGAAGGAAGAUAAUUGCGAAAAUAAAACCCAAGACUAUGAA